AUGGUAACUAUUGAGAACUUCAACAAAUGUUUUUAUGAUAGUAAUAAUGAAAAUUUUUAUAAUAAAGAAGCAUUUGAAAAUUCAAGCCCAGAACCAAAUGAUAUAUAUAAUAUUGCACCUUCUUUUUCUGAAUUGGAAUUAAAAGAAUUUGAUAAAAUGGAUAAUAUAAUUUGCCAAAAUGUUCAAGAACUGCAAGAAGAAUGCUGUAAUAUGCCACAUGAUGACUUGGAUUUAAUUGGAAUUUCUUUAUCUCGACUUGAUCGAAUUAAGGCACAUAUCAAGAAUUAUGGAAUGGUAAAACCUAUUCAUAGUAAUACUGGACAUUCUUCAAUUAGACCUGAUUAUGCUAUUGUUAAUGACCAAGUAAAACAAGAGCUCAAUUAUUAUAUUCAUAAUUAUGCUAGUUUUUAUGAAUUUCCUUCACCAGUUCGACAUAUAUGA